AUGGCUCCUCUAGUCUUGACAAAGAAAAGAAAACUAGAAAUGAUGAAUGAUAAUAUCAGAACAACGUUGGAUGCUGUAACUUUAUUUUACGUCUACUUUUAUUCAUAUGUUCUGCGUUAUCAAAGUUGCGUGUUAAGAUCAAAUGAUCGUUUUGAAAUGACUACUGUACGACUGUGGGUGAUGCAAGAUUUAGUUUACAAAAGCGACAUAAAUUGUAAAUCGCAACUUCGCCUCGAUAGACGUACUUUUCGAAUACUUUGCCAUAAGCUGUCCACAAUAAGCGGACUAGAAGAUAAUAGGAAUUCUGAUGUUGAAGAAAUGGUUGCGGUAUUUUUGUAUGUAAUUGCACAUCACCAUAAGAAUAGAGUUGUAGGGUUUAUGUUCAAGCGAUCUGGAGAAACCAUUAGCAGAUAUGUAAACACGGUAUUGAAAGGAGUUAUUAGACUUCAAGGGGAGUUGCUUAAACAACCAGUUGCAGUGGCUACAAGUUCUGUUGAUGAGAGAUGGAAUUGCUUCAAGAACUGCCUAGGGGCAUUAGAUGGAACACAUAUUAGUAUCCAUGUGGCAACCGAAGACAAGCCUAGGUAUCGUACAAGGAAGAGCUCGAUUGCAACUAAUGUAUUAUGUGUAUGCUCCCAUAACUUGGAGGUUAUAUAUGUGUAUCCUGGCUGGGAAGGUUCAGCUGCCGAUUCUCGUGUUCUUAGAGAAGCAAUAUACAAAAAGAAUGGCUUAGAAGUUCCACAAGGUUACUAUUACCUUGUCGAUGCCGGUUAUCCGAAUAGUGGAGGAUUUCUUGCGCCUUUUAGAGGUCAACGUUAUCAUUUAAAGGAAUGGGGGCAAGGUCGUUUAGAACCAAGGACAGCUGAAGAACUAUUCAAUAUGAAACAUUGUAGGGCUAGGAAUGUGAUUGAACGCGUUUUUGGAUUGUUGAAAAUGAGAUGGGCAAUACUUCGGAGUCCUUCAUGGUAUCCAGUAAACAUACAUUGUCGUUUUAUCAUGGCUUGUUGUUUAAUCCAUAACCUUAUUAGGAGAGAAAUGCCUAUGGAUGAAUUUCUAGAGGAAGACAAUUAUGAAGAUGGACCAGUUAAUUUAGUUUCUCCUCAAUAA